CCCUCCCAGUACCAGAGCCUUUUUUCACUGGAGUCCCUUUAAGGUACAAAGGCUGGAAAAUGUCCUUUCAAACACUAAUAGGCAGGCAGAACAUCCAGUGAAUGAGAAAGUCUACUACCUCCGCAAGUAUGUUGGAGGACCUGCAAAGAAAGCCAUUGAAGGUUACUUCCUUUUAGGCACACAUACAGCCUACCAAUCAGCAUGGGUGAUCUUUGAAGAAAGGUAUGGAAGCUCAUUUGUGAUUGCAAAAGCCUUCAGGGAUAAGUUAACCUCAUGGCCAAAGAUAGGACCCAAGAACAGCGAUGAACUAAGAGAUUUUGCAGACUUUCUUCGAGAAUGUCAAGCAGCAAUGUCUCAAAUUAAGAGUCUUGAAAUCUUGACUGACUGUGACUGUGGUGAAAACCAACGAAUGCUCACCAAGCUUACUGAUUGGUUAACAGCCAGAUGGAACAGAAAAGUCAUUGAGAUAGAAGAAGAAAUCACACAUCAUAGAGUGUCAGCAGUGAGCCAGUGAAGACACAGACAGCGCCACCUGCUGUUAGCAGGUGAGAGCAUGCUGGAGGAUCAUGUGAAGCCCAGUGCACCAUGGGAAAGCGGCAACCCUGCCAGGGGCCUGUUCAACCCAAGGUUUCCGCCCACAACCAAAGAGGACAAAGAUGGAAAAUCACAGAGGCGAUGCAGAAGCCUAGAUGGCGGAGUCCAGAUGUGAUUCUGCGGCAACACAUAGAGAAGCAGCUGGUGGAGCCCAGUGUUUCCAUCACCAGGCACACAGAGGAAAUACCUUUUACAGAUGUGAGAGUGUCACAGGGGCCAAUCAGAGUGCACCGUUCUCUGAGGAGGCAGCGCCAUCACCAGUGGGCGUUGGCUACAGACCUCUGCGCAAAGAUGGAGCUAGUUCCUCCUCUUCCCGUUACCAAGACAACUGACACUUCCUGCCAUUUACCUGCAAAUCCCUGAAACUGCUGCCAUCUUGUUUGUCUUAGUUAUUUGAUAGGAAGACUAACAGUAUUAUCUACU